AUGUUUGCGGAGCAAAGGAUGAGCAUGCAACAAAGGACUGCCCGCACUCGAUUUGCUACAAUUGUCGGAAGAAGGGCCAUGUUGCCAUUAAUUGUCCAUACGAAAGAGGAUAUGCAUUCAAAAACUACUGCAGGACAUGUGGAUCAAAAGAGCAUGCAACGGAGUAUGGCGCGAGUAUGUGUUUGAUUCGACCGAGCCGCGACAAUCAGCCAUCAAGUACUGUUACAACUGUGCUUCACUCGGACAUUUUGGAGACGAUUGCGAUCUAAGGCGGCCUACGUACGUCAAGACAGGUGGAUCAGCUUUCCAUGAUACGAAGACGUUGUCGUCUUCUUCUUCAUCGUACCAUGGCUCGUCGUCGUAUUCUUCACGCCCACGACAUGAUGAUAGGCACUCGGACCAUCGUGAUAGUCGGUAUGACCGCUACAGCGACUACAGUCGACAUGGCCGAUAUGAAGAUCGAGACAGAGACAGGGACAGGGACAGGGAUAGCUAUAGAGACAGAGACAGUCGACAUAACAGCAGUCGAGAUCGAGAUCGUGGUCGGGAUCGGGAUCGUGAUCGUGAUCGUGUGUCUGAAAGAGACAGGGACAAUGAUAAAUCCAGGGGCAAAAGUAGGACGAAGGCUCAUCAUGAUGGGUAUGGGGAUGACUACAUCAACGACCCUACCAGCAACAGCAGCAGCAAGAUUAACAACAAAAACAGUAAGGGCCCUGGGAAUUCGAAACGCAAUGAUACCACCAAGGGCUCGUCAUCCUUUGCACCAAGCCCGGAGAUGGCUCCUACGAUGGCGACGGGCGGAUACAUUGGAGCUAACAGCAGCAGGAGCAGCAACAGCAACAACAGAUUUGGCUCGAAUUCCUCAAGGAGCUCUCCCUCGGCCGCGGGCAGAAGCGCAGACAACCCCGUGGUCAUUCCAUCGUCACCCUCUUCUCCUGGCCCGUUGUCAUCAAGAGCCUCGAGCAAUGGCAGUGGCAGCGGCAGCGGCGUGCGGGUGGUCCACCCAUUACCUCAAAAUCCUAAUCGCCGCGCCGUGAGCAGCGGUAAUAACAAUUGGCGGAACAACCCAGACCGGAUAGCGAACAGUACCGGUGGAAGUGGUGGAGGUGGGGCGUCUUCAUCUUCCUCAGGUCGACAAUCCAUGGCGGAACAAAAUGCUUUUCCGCGUGGCAAUAACAAUUCUGAUAGAAGCAGUUCUGCCGGUGGUGCGUAUGGCUCGUCCGAAUUGAUUGGUGUCUCAUCUCGGCCAUCUACCCCUGUCCCUGCCCCUGCCCCCGGUCCUAUGUACACGGGAGGAUAUUCUCAGAGGCGGUAGAAUCCUUCUACUGUCUGUGCCUUCUAUUAAAGAAUGACCACCGUUUCUUUAUCUCAUUACACGUCCCCCUAUAUACGACUUCAAUUACUUGCAUAGA